CUGCGCUCGAAUUUCGCAUUCUCUGAUGGCUACUGGGGGGCGAAACUCUAAUCUUGCGAUAUGGGAUUUAGAUAAUCCGGCGCAGCCUGUAUUUUUUGCAAAGAACGUCAGACAAACCACGUUGCAGUUGGAGGUUCCGAUAUGGAUAUCUGACAUAUGUUUUGUUCCAAAUUACGACGGGCGCAUUGUCCUGACCACUUCACGAUAUGGCGAGAUAUGCCUUUACGAUAUUCGCUGUGGCCAAAGACGACCGGUUUCCCGCCAUGCAUGGAGGAUGAGCCGGAAGUACGGGAAAGUAAAAGUUGGAACUUGCUCACAUGGAGCCAUUCUCCCUGAUUUGGCUGUUACCAGGCCGAUUACUCGUGGAUUGGCGUUCACUGAAGCUCCAGGAAUUGGUGUCCGAAUAGUUGCCGGUAAUGCGAUAGGAGACUUGUGUUUCCUGGAUUUGCGUCUUCCCAAGGAAUCUAUCAUGGUGGCGGAUGGUGACGAUGAUGAAGCCCCACUUUACCCUGGUCAGAUUAAGAGUCGCGGUGCUCGCGCUCCGGAGCCUCCUGUUGGCGUGCGUACUCUUCCUGGUGCAUCUGGAAGCAUCACUGGGCUGGCUUGUGGGGGAGCUGGUUCUGCGAAUUCUCCUGCCACCAGCUCAACAGCCUUAUUCGACUCGCAGCCACUCUUAAUAGCUUCAUCUCUGGAUCGCUAUUUACGGAUAUAUAAUCGUGAUACGGGUGAUCGACUUGCAAAGCUGUAUGCCAAGCUCCCAAUCACUUCAUUCCUAAUCAGUGAUAGUGCUGACUUUAGUGCUGUGGAACGGCUAUCUGGACAGACAGUAGAGAAAGCGGAAGCGGAUGGAAAAGGCGAUGCGAAUGCGGAAGAAGCAAGCGAAAGCGAGGAGGAGUUUGAUGAGCUCUGGAACCAAUUGGAACCUGUCGAUGACGAGGAAGUGGACAGUGAGCCAAAACGGAAAAAGGGCAGGCGGAAACGAGGGGAUUGAGGUAGACUGUGCCGUUCAUUUUGGUCAUGUGAAUAUAAAUCAG